AGCCCAGUGUUAGAUAACAGAGUGUUGGCCGUGAACCAACCUCAAAGAUUUCCCUUGAGUAGAGGACAGACACCUUCAUUUCCUCACCUCUCUCCUGUCUCUAUUCUAGGAAACCCUUCACGUGGUUGGCCUUCACCCACUGAACCAAACUCCAAAACCGGUAACCCCAGACACCUGCAUGUUCUGAUUGGGACCUCAGUGGUCAUGAUCCUCUUCACCAUCUUCUUCUUUCUCCUGCAUCGCUGGUGCUCCAACAAAAAGAAUGCUGCUGCAAUGGACCAAGAGCCUGCAGGGGAGAGAACCGUGAACAGGGAGGACUCUGAUGAACCAGACCCUCAGGAGGUGACAUACGCACAGUUGGUUCACUGCGUUUCCACACAGGGAAAAAUCACUCGCCCUUCUCAGAGGCCCAAGACACCCCCAACAAAUACCAGCGUGUACAUGGAACUUGCAAAUGCUGAGCCCAGAUCGCAAUUGUCUUCUAUCCAUGAGCACCAUCGUCAGGCCUUGAAGGGGUCUUCUAGGGAGACAAUAGCCCUGUCUCAGAGCCGGCUUGCCAGCUCCAAUGUACCAGCAGCUGGAAUCUGAAGGUGUGAGUCUGCAUCUUAGGGCAUCGCUCUUCCUCACACCACGAAUCUGAACAUGCCUCUCUCUUGCUU